CUAUAUCUAUUGCUCUAUCUGCAAUCACUACUAAAAGUAGCCAUUCCAUUGAUUGAUGGUGAUAAACAGGCUAGGUAAAAUGUGGAAGGUGAUGGCGGAGUGCCACCAUAUACAGAAACGGACACUCGACGAUGCUAAACUGUUACUAGCCAGCACACCGUCCACCAAUUCAAGAACCAAGAAAUACACAAUAAUGUCACAAUCUGAGCCUCACCAGCUGGCUCGCUCAGCAGCCAACCUUGAGAUGGAGCUGAGAAACUGGAGAGCUUGUUUUGAGUCAUGGAUCACUUCUCAACGGUCCUACUUGCAAGCAUUGAAGGGAUGGGUCUUGCGUUGCCUCAGCAAGGAUUCUGGGAAGUCAAAGCCCGCACGCUCUCCUCCUCCCCCAGAGGGGGGCCCACCGAUAUUCAACGUGUGCAUCCAGUGGUCAACACUGUUGGACAGCGUGAGAGAGCGUCCCGUGCUGGAAGGAAUGGACUUCUUCGCGGCAGGGGUUGGUUCUUUAUAUGCACGCCAGAUGAGAGACGACGCGCGGUGGAGCAGUGGUGGGUCAAGGCGGUUCAGCGGCGGUGACGCCACAAACAGCAUGGACCUGGUGGAAGUUGGGAGAGUGGAUGGUGGUGAUGAUGAUGAUGAUGAGGGAGUCAUGACAGCUGAGAAGAUGGCUGAGGUUGCCAUUAGAGUGCUUUGUGCUGGGAUGUCAUUUUCUGUGAGCUCACUCACAGAAUUUGCUCUUGCAUCAGCUGAAGGGUAUGCAGAUUUGAUCAAGAACUGGGAAGAGAGAAAUUCCAGUAGAAAUGGAAACUCCUUCGCAGUAUAACUUUAGGGUAGUUAAUUAUUAUCUAGUGUCUUAAUUGAGUAGGUACAGUGUAAAUUAUUGGAGUAAGUGUUUGGCGUAGACCGUAGCAGUUAUUUAAUCAUAGGCUAAACUCCACGAUUGGUCAUUUAACUUUAUCAAUUGUGCACGAUUGGUCCUUGAAGUUUUAAAAGUCCAUAAAUAGUCCUUCAACUU